AUGCGCAAAGUCGAAUUUAGCGACGAUUUGUUGUAUUUUCACGAGUUCGAUGUUCUUCAAAAUCUUAGUAUGGGUCUGCUGCGGCCUUCAUUCGACGAACCCGCACAAUUGAUGCCCGGACCAAUGACAUCUGAAGAGGAAGAAGAGUUUUCUUCGAAUGAAAGAAGACGAUACAAAGCAUACACAGUGAUGCAAAAGGCCGGAUUUCAACAUACUGAGUAUGCUCAGAUAAUGGUGAACCUUUGCCGAGCUGAGAUCGUGCUUUCAUUGAUGUUCUUGGCUCAUGGGACUACGUGUCCCGGAUAUCCCCAUGAGGCAGAAUAUCAGUCGACGUGUCACAUGAACACUGUAUCAGCAAUUGUGAGUCUACUCACAGGUGCUGUCGGCCUGGGAGCCGUUCACCGAUAUAGAUGGCGGACGAUGCUUAUCCUGUGGCUCGUCUUCUGCAUCAUGUCAUCGGUCGGAAGUCUGCUUGCCGUGAUUACCACCGGAAUCUGGUUGGACCACUAUUCCAAGAUGAAGGUUCGCACUGGACUCGGCAAUGGUCUCUCAGGAUUCAUGCUACUCGCUUCUGUAGCUUUAGGAGUUUGCUUUAUUUUGACUGCCGUCAUGAUCUGUCAUUACUGGAAUUCCCAUUCUGCACGCUAUCAACCUGUCGGAAAAAUUGCUAAACGAUCACGCUCCCUUAGAAGGCGUUUAAGCCGCGCAAAAAGCAUCGACAACAAGAAGGAUGCGAAGCCACCAACCAACGUCUCAAAGGACAAGGGCUAUCAUAUCGUCUGA